CCCUACUUUCAACUCUCUCCCGCCUCUCUCUCUCUCUUCCUCUCUUGUUGCUCAAUGGGUGUUGCAGAGGAGAUUCUUGUUCAUCAACCUCCGUCUUCCGCCGCCACAUCUAGGGUUAAAUCUGAUAUAAUACAGAGAGCAGUAACAUCCCUUCUUAAAUGGAAGAAUUCUGAAUCAAGGGCUCAAAAGCCCCAGUUGCUGGAAGAAGAUGACUUCAUUUACCUUGUUCUUACCAUGAAGAAAAUCCCUCCCAAAGACAGAACAAACGCCUAUAAAAUCCCGCUUCCUCAUUCUCUACGCGACUCCUCCGCCGCCUCUGAGUUCUGUCUCAUCAUUGACGACCGUGAUCGCUCCAAGUCGAGGCUCACCUCUGAAGAUGCGAAGAAGAAGGUCAAGGCAGAAGAUAUUCCUAUUAGCAAGGUCUUGAAGGUCUCCAAGCUUAAGACAGAUUACAGGCCGUUCGAAGCAAAGCGAAAGCUAUGCGAUUCGUAUGACAUGUUCUUCGCAGAUAGGAGAGUGAUUCCGUUACUUCCUAAGAUGAUAGGGAAGCAAUUCUAUAGGAAGAAGAAGAUACCAGUGCCGAUUGAUCUAACACAUAAGAACUGGAAGGAACAAAUAGAAAGGGUUUGCUCUUCAGCACUAUUAUAUAUGAGGACUGGGACUUGUUGUGUUUUGAAAGUUGGUAAGUCUUCAAUGGAGAAAGAAGAGAUUGUGGAGAAUGUUCAAGCUGCAAUUGAUGGGGUGGCUGAGAUUGUUCCAAAGAAAUGGAAGGGUGUGAGGUCAUUUCAUUUGAAAUUCUCUGAGUCUUUGGCAUUGCCCAUAUAUCAGGUUAUGCCAGAUAUGUUGCUGAAGAUUGAAGGAGUGAAAAGAGUGGAGGAGGAGGCCUCGAUCAAAGAGGGAAGUGUGAUUGAGGUUGCUAAUGAGGGUGAUAAAAUUGAGAAAUUAAGUGCGCAAAAGGAUUCUGAUAAGAAGAAGAGCAAGGGUAGGAUUCAUGAUGUUCAAUAUAUGGAUACCGAAGAAGAUGAAGCUACAGAAGAUUUGAGAAAGAAUGAUGAUGAGGAGGAAGAGGUGGAAGAGAUGGAGGUGGAGGCAUCAGGCAAGAAGAAGAGGAAACAUAAGGAUGUGAAGAUUACUCCAAGCAAGUUGAAAGGCGGAAAAAAAAUAAAGAAAUUGUCUGAUGAGGCAACAAAUGUGGUCGAAGAACAAUCUGUGGGAAAGGAUUCUGCUGCAAAGAAGGCUAAGAAGAAGAGUCCUAAUUUGAAGGCUAAGAAAUUGUCUGAUGAGGCAACAAAUGUGGUCGAAGAGCAAUCUGUGGGAAAGGAUUCUGCUGCAAAGAAGGCUAAGAAGAAGAGUCUUAAUUUGAAGGACAAGAAAAUCAAGAAAAAGUUAUCAAAAUGAAGACCCCCAUCAUCACAGGUUGUUAAAUUAGAAUGUUUUUCCCAAUUGAGUUUUGAUAUGUUGUUUUGAAAUUUUGCUACUUUAUGGGUAUUAGAAAAUGGAUGCAUUUAGUCAAGUAUUGGGGUUUAAAUGACCUAUUAAUUAUAUUCACACAUUUUUCCUUGACCAAACUAAAAUGUGCUUGUGAGUUGUAUUUUAUGGCUCCAUAUUUGU